ACAAUUGCAUAGUCGCGUAAUUCAGAGAGUGAAAAGGAAGAGCCGGCUUUGCUUGCGUUUGCUAGAAUAAAAUUCGCUUCGUUCCUUUAGUCAGUGGCCAAGCGGAGACCCCACCUCGGCGUAGUACAUACCCCUUUGCUACCCCUCCCCACCCCUGUGUAUAAGCCAACUUUCGUUUGUAAAAUGAUAGGCACGAUCUUAUCAAUCCUCCUGACGAUAUUAAAAUUGUGCUUUGCCACCUCACCGAUAAUAGGUAUUGUCUUGAUAUUCGUGCUCAACAAAAAUAACGUCCCCGAUGAUAAGAAGAAGAAGCCAGACUUUUAUUUCGAGGUAGAUUGAUCGAGUGCGUCGUAAAUGGACCAAUGGCACGGCUGCGGAGCAGGGGUGAGGCAGAAGGAAGAAGGAAUAAAGAAAUGAAACCGGUGACGAAAGCGGAUUAACUGAUCACCCACUCGCACACGUGGCACAGCUUUUUUUUUUUUUUUUUUCCUUGCCUGGUCAGGUGAAA